GCGCAGGACUCCGCGCACCGACGCGGAGUCCCGGGCGCCCGGCGGCGGCGGCGGCGGCGGAACUACAACUCCCGUGGCCCCUCGGGCGACCGCGCUGCGUCCCCAUCGGCCGGCCUAGCCCGCGGAGCUCCGCCCAGGUCGCGGGCGCCCGAGUAGCCGGGGUGUGCGGGCGCGCGGCAGCGAGCGGGCGGGCGGCAUGGAGCCCCGCGGGGCGGACGGCUGCUUCCUGGGCGACGUGGGUUUCUGGGUGGAGCGCACCCCCGUACACGAGGCGGCCCAGCGCGGCGAGACCCUGCAGCUGCAGCAGCUGAUUGAGAGCGGCGCGUGCGUCAACCAGGUCACGGUGGACUCCAUCACGCCCCUGCACGCAGCCAGCCUGCAGGGCCAGGCGCGGUGUGUGCAGCUGCUGCUGGCUGCGGGGGCCCAGGUGGAUGCCCGCAACAUCGACGGCAGCACGCCCCUGUGUGAUGCCUGUGCCUCAGGCAGCAUCGAGUGCGUGAAGCUCCUCCUGUCCUACGGGGCCAAGGUCAACCCGCCCCUGUACACAGCAUCCCCGCUGCACGAGGCCUGCAUGAGCGGAAGUUCUGAAUGUGUGAGGCUGCUUAUCGACGUUGGGGCCAACCUGGAAGCGCAUGACUGCCAUUUUGGGACCCCUCUUCAUGUUGCCUGUGCCCGGGAGCAUCUGGACUGCGUCAAAGUGCUGCUUAAUGCAGGGGCCAAUGUGAAUGCAGCAAAGCUUCACGAGACUGCCCUGCAUCACGCAGCCAAGGUGAAGAAUGUUGACCUCAUCGAGAUGCUCGUUGCGUUUGGAGGCAACAUCUACGCACGGGACAACCGGGGAAAGAAGCCAUCCGACUACGUGUGGAACAGCAGUGCACCUGCCAAGUGCCUGGAGUUCUACGAAAAAACACCUCUGACCCUGUCGCAGCUCUGCAGGGUGAGCUUGAGGAGGGCCACUGGCGUCAGAGGACUGGAGAAAAUCACCAAGUUGAACAUCCCUCCCCGGCUCAUCGAUUACCUUUCCUACAACUGAGCCGCAGGCCUGGGAGGCAGGUGGGGGCCCCCCUGGCUGCCGGCCUCGCUGAGCCCAGCGGCUGGGCCACAAGGACCGCCCCCCUUGUCUGCAGCCGCCCGACUGCUAGAGAAAGAACAGCGUUCCCUGAGUCCCUGCUGGCUGUCCUGUUUUGUCUUCUCUGCAGACUCCGGAGCGUAUUUCCGAGGCCCUGGGAGGGCCCUGCCUCAUCUUCUGCAGGCACUUUGCUCUCCCUCCGCCCGGUCCCAGCCAUCCAGCAUCCUCCUGUCACUGACCUUCCUCAGGGGGACUCUCGGGAAGGACACAGGGGAAGGCCAAGCUGGGGCUGGGGGUUCAGGGCCCUGCUGCCCGGGAGGCCGGGGCACCUGGCGCCAUCUCUGAGUCCUUCGGCACUAGGGUGGCCCUGGGUGUCCAAAGGGAGAAGCCUGUGCUGCAGAGAUUGGGUCCUGACCAUGUGGCCCCGGACAGCUGCUUUGAUGACAUCCUGCUACUUGGACAAUUUUUUCUGGAGCUCUGGUGGGCACUUUCCAAGGCCCACCUGUACCCAGGUAGACCCAUCACUCAGGGGACUUUGCUCGGGUCUUGGUCGGGGAAGCCUCGGGCGACUUAUUCCCCACACUAGCACAAUGUUUCUUAGGAACUUUUCAGGCCUCAGCUCUUAAACAGCUUAUGUUGGGGAUAAAAUCUUUUAGAGCAUACAUAGGCUGCCGCACUUAGGUUUUGUUAACGAGUCUGCAAAACCACAGAUAACGUGAAGGUGUGUCCGUGCGUAUUCCAGGAGGAGUUGUUUCCAACAUGAAGGACCCUUAGGACACCCUUUAGGGAUGAUUGCUCAUCUGUUUCUGCAGUUGCCAAACGGAUUCUCUUCCUGCCCUAAAGUUUGCUCACUCUCGAGGCUCUGAAAUUGGUAGGAGAGGGAGGUUGCCAGCGCCCGGCAUUACCAACCACUGACUUGCGCAUCGUGCAGAUACUUACGGAACGUCUGUGAUGUUCUAGGAAUUGUCCGAGUGCUUUGAGCUGUGUAGGAAUCAGACUCAUUACCCAAGGCAGAGAAAGAAAACACUUUCCGGCCUGUUCCCGUAGUAAUAGAAACGAAUUCUACACUCUCGGCCAUGAGGUGAACUCUUCAGUACUAUAUUCAGACUGCACUUGUGUCAGAUUCUCUCUCCUAAUUUAAAAACACAAAAACCAGGCAGUUAAACUAGAGGACGUUUGCAUAAUUAGUUCAGGUGUAUUUGGUUUCUGAGGACACGGGAGGGCACCACCGGUGAACGCUGCUGGGAGUCGUGCCCGAAGCCGCCGAAUGUCCCCAGAUGCUCCCAAGGAGGGGGAAGCGUGUGGGGCGGAAGGAGCCUGGAUGGGGGAGGCCAGCUGUGCUGCACGCCUGGGGUGUCUCUUCUGCUCAGAGUUACUUGGCGGGGCCCCAGAUGUGCGGAGAGUUUCACGGUAGCUGCCAAUGGGCAUUUUCUGUUUUGAAAAUGACAUGGAGGCCAUUGUCACAAUGGUGCCUCGUUAAGCUCUGAGAAUGGGUCGCUCCUAUCCAGGUACCAUGUGAGAUCCAAGUUCGAGGUAAAUGGCUGCUUUUGCAUGUACAGACAACAACAACAAAAUCACGGGGUUCUGCCCAUCCAUCUGUGUAACAGAAACUGGCCUCUAGCCAUGAACGCUGAUACGCUUCCUCCCGUGGAGCACUGAGUGCAGAACCUGUCCCCACACUCACUGCUCAAUAAAAAUCGCUUCACAAGAGUCCACCCUGACAUGCACAAGGCCCUUUUGUUGGGAGCAGACACGCUGAUGGGCCGCUGUCAUCUUCCAGUGAUGGAGCCCUGCCCGUCUCCCAGAUUCCCGUCUUCCUGCCUGUGUCCUAGUGCAGAUGUCAGUGACUAAGAUUUUAGGGCCUCCUGUAGCUUUUCUCCCUUUGCCUUACUGAGAUGUAAUCGACAUGGAUCCCACCUGUACCCUGAGUAGGGGGGGACUGUAGACGCAUUGCUCCGCCCCUCUGAGCGCGGAUCUUCCCAGCUGCCCUAGAGGGAGGAAAGGUCAGACUCCGAUCAUUAAAAGGACAGUGAUGGUCAAGUCCUGAAUCUUAUGAAUGAGAACAUGAGGCCCCGAUAGCCUGUGUUUUGGUAAGGCUGAAGUUAGCUGAUUAAAAGAUGCCUUGAAAAGUAUAAAGAGCUCCCCACACAUAAAAGUUAGGUGGGUAUGUGUAUACUGUGGCUUUAUUGAUGUUUGUGGAGCUUAUAGCUGUGUAAAUGAUUCUCUUCUGACUUUGGGACAGUCCCACUUAUUUCAGGAGAAGCAGAUCAGAAGACCUCUGCAUUGGCAUUUUAAAACUCGACGUGCAUCAGACAGAUCAGGUGACAUUUGCAGCACAGAUAACAAAUGACAAACAAAAUAAAGAUCUCCUAGAAAUCAUGAAGAAAAAGAUUAGGGUGCCUGGGUGGCUCA